UUUACGUGUUCUUUUCCCAGUGUUAUCAUUAUUAAAAUAUAAACUUUAAUCAUAAGGUUUAGUUAGGUUAAGUGCUUGCAAGAGAAAGAAGGCAAAAUGAGAUCCACCCAAGUCAUAGAGCUGCCAGAAGACUUCUGGAUCCCAAUCCCAUUGGACACAGAUAACAUCACAUCCCUCAGUCCUUUCUCUGUUCCUCAGGACCACUUGGGGCAUUCAGGCACUUUCUACACCAUGGCGGGAUUCAUGUUUUUUCUGUUUGUGAUCGGCACUUCCAUUAACACCCUCACCAUUGUGUGCACCGUGCGAUACAAGAAGCUUCGCUCCCAUCUCAACUACAUCCUGGUGAACUUGGCCGUUGCAAACCUUCUGGUGUCUGUCAUCGGCUCUUUCACUGCCUGCUGCUCCUUCACAUUCAGAUAUUUUAUCUUCGGACCACUAGCGUGCAAGAUUGAAGGUUUUGUUGCAACACUAGGGGGUAUGGUUAGCCUCUGGUCUCUGGCUGUAAUAGCUUUUGAGAGAUGGCUAGUCAUCUGCAAACCCCUUGGUAAUGUUGCUUUCAAGCCUGAACAUGCUACAGCUUGCUGUGUAUUUACCUGGAUUUUUGCACUGAUGGCCUCAGUUCCACCCUUGCUCGGAUGGAGCAGGUACAUCCCAGAAGGCCUACAGUGCUCUUGCGGUCCAGACUGGUACACAACCAACAACAGAUACAACAAUGAGUCCUACGUCAUGUUCCUUUUCUGCUUCUGCUUUGCUGUUCCAUUUGCCACCAUCAUUUUUUGCUAUUCUCAGCUACUCAUAACACUUAAAAUAGUAGCAAAAGCCCAAGUUGAGUCUGCUUCCACACAGAAGGCUGAAAAAGAGGUGACCAGGAUGGUGGUUGUCAUGGUCCUGGGUUUCUUGGUGUGCUGGGUGCCCUACACCUCCUUCGCUCUUUGGGUUGUCAACAGCCGUGGCCAAAUAUUUGACCUGAGACUUGCAACCAUACCAUCCUGCUUCUCAAAGGCCUCCACUGUCUACAAUCCUAUCAUCUAUGUACUCCUCAAUAAGCAGUUUCGAACAUGCAUGUUAUCCAUGCUGGGGAUGGAGGACGGAGAGGAGGACGUUUCUACAACACAAUCAGUGACUGAAGUCUCCAAAGUUUCCCCGGCCUAGUCUGGCAGUAAUCCUCUGUUAAUUAUUAAUAGUAAAAACUCCAAAAAUCAUUCAAUCCAAGAAAAAAUCAUAUAUCAUAAUUGUGCAAAAUAAAAAAUGGAAAAAAUAUGAAAUUAUGUUUUUUGACAGUUUUAUCUGAGGAUUUUCUGAUAGUAAAUAUGAUCAGUGUUUCUUUGUAUUAUUUUUGCUAUUGUUUUUAUUUUAGCAAAAAAAAGGUGUUUGCCAUUUUGUUCCUUCCUACACCUAUAGACCCAUGUACUUAAACCAUUGCCUAUCAGUUUUAUUUUUCUUUGGAGAUUAGUAUUUUCAUGAGUUAUGCACAUAAACAUAAAUAAAAAUAUUAAAAUCUCA